AUGCGAGAUGGUGUGUCAGACCAGCUCGGGACGGGUGUGUCAGACCAGCUCGGGACGAAGCAAAAAGUGUGGCGACCGGGCUACCAGUACUGGCAACUAUACCAUGUUCGUGCGUGUACCGAAUGUCAAAAGUCAAGCCGAAUACUCCGGUCCGAGAAGAAUCUACCAAAGUUGCUGAUCUUAUAUCAAUCGGAGCGGCGAUCGUGGCUUGAAGGAUGCGUUCAUUGA